CUUGCUGUUUUUUUUUUUGUUGCAGGAUAUGAAGUUUUUCCUCUACCUAUGUCUGAGUGCCUCUCUACUAUGCACAGUAGUUUUCAGUCACCAUGGUGGGGAACAUGAUGACGAACAUACCGAUCACACUGAUGACCACAAACAUGACCACGGAGAUCAUAAACACGGUGAUCACAGUGGCCAUCACAAAAAUCAUGGCCAUCACGGAAAAGGAAAGCACGACUCAUAUCAUCAUGUUCAUUUCAAUGAAUCCACGGCUUGCCAUAAAAUUGCACCAUACAAUGCUCAGUUUGCUUUCAAAUUUUACAAGCAGGUAGCCGAUUCAAAGCCUUCAGAGAAUAUUUUCUUUUCCCCAGUCAGUAUUUCCACUGCUUUUGCCAUGCUUUCUCUAGGAGCCAAGUCCAAGACCCAAGACGAGAUCUUAGAAGGUCUUAGUUUCAACCGCUCUGAAAUCACAAAGGAGGACGUUCAUUCUGGUUUCCAGCAUCUUCACCAUGUCUUAAAUGACCCAAAUAGUGAGCUACAGCUUGACAGUGGGAAUGCCCUCUUUAUAGACACAAAACUUAAACUGCUCCAAACAUUUUUAGAUGAUGUCAAGAGAAAUUACGAGUCAGAGGCAUUUUCUAGUGACUUCACAAAUUCUGAUGAGACAAAGAAACAGAUCAACAGCUACGUGGAUAAGAAAACCAAUGGGAAAAUCCCUGAACUGCUCAGCAGUGUUGACAGGGACACAAUUUUAUUCCUUAUCAACUGGAUUUAUUUCAGAGGGAAGUGGGAAAUACCAUUUGAAGAAAAAUAUACUAGUGAAGGAGAUUUCCAUGUUGAUGAGAACACAGUUGUGAAAGUGCCAUUUAUGAGGAGAACCGGCAUGUAUAACGCAUUACUGUCUGAAAACGUUACCGUGGUGCAGAUUCCAUACAAGGGCAAUACUUCAGCUCUGUUUAUCUUACCAAAGGAGGGAAAACUCGGAUACAUUGAACAGAAUCUUGAGAAAUCAGCAAUCAAAAAAUGGAAGAGCAAAUUCCACCGAAUGUCUCUGAAUUUGGCCCUGCCUAAAUUUUCAAUUUCUACAACUCUGAAUCUUAAAGAACAAUUUAACAAACUAGGAGUAACGCAAGUAUUUUCAGACGCUGCUGAUCUGUCUGGGAUUACAGACCAAGCCAAACUAAAAGUGUCUGGGGCGAUCCACAAGGCAGCACUGAGUGUUGAUGAGAAAGGAACCGAGGCCGCGGCAGCGACUGUCCUUGAGAUAAUGCCUAUGAGUCUUCCACCAACUGUUACAUUUGAUAAACCUUUUGUUUGUGUCAUUUACAAUAAAGAGACUCAUAGUACUCUCUUUAUGGGUAGAAUUGUAAACCCAGUGGCAGCAUAAUGUUUCACCUGUAUAUUGUACCAUUUGUCUCAAUUAAAACUUGCUUAAAUAA